CCUGAAGUGACACGCCAGCUCCACACUCCCACAUUCGUUACGCGCAACACACACGAGACAUAAGCUGAAAGAAGGAGCCCAUGAAAUUAUGGACUAAUAGCUGAAAGGAAACCUUUUCUUUUCUCCCUGAGAUUCUUACUCGGAUCGGGUCAGAAUGCCUGGACACGGGUGGACACCGCGCGCAAUGGAAAGAACGACGCAGGCAGGAGGAACAAUUCCGUCUUCCAUAAUCCGGCGCAUCAAAACAGCGUUUAGUCUGGAAUAAUAUAUAUAUAUAUAUAUUUUUUUUAAAGUUGAUGGAGAGCUCGACGGAGAGCUGCAUGGAGAGCAAUGGGUGAGCUGGAGCACGCGCAUGAAGAAUGGAUGUAGCGGAGGCGGCGCUGAACUCCUCCUCCGCGAACGGCACGAGCGCGCCCAAACUUCCUCCGCACUCGCGCUGCGCGGCCGCUUUGAUCGUCAUCGUGGUCACCGCGAUCAUCCUGGUGACCAUCGUCGGGAACGUGCUCGUGGUGGUGGCGGUUUUCACCAGCCGCGCUCUGCGCGCGCCUCAGAACCUCUUCCUGGUGUCCCUGGCGUCGGCGGACAUCCUGGUGGCCACGCUGGUCAUCCCGUUCUCGCUGGCCAACGAGCUAAUGGGCUACUGGUACUUCGGCAGCACGUGGUGCGCGCUCUACCUGGCGCUCGACGUGCUCUUUUGCACCUCGUCCAUCGUGCACCUGUGCGCCAUCAGUCUGGACCGCUACUGGUCGGUGACGAGCGCCGUGAGCUACAACCUGAAGCGCACCCCGCAGCGCGUCAAGGCCAUGAUCGCGGCCGUGUGGCUCAUCUCCGCCGUGAUCUCAUUCCCGCCGCUGGUCAUGACCAAGCACGACGAGCUCGAGUGCUUGCUCAACAACGACACGUGGUACAUCCUGGCAUCGUGCGCCGUGUCCUUCUUCGCACCGGGUCUCAUCAUGGUGUCGGUGUACUGCAAGAUCUACAGGGUGGCCAAGCAACGGGCCGCCACCGUGUUCGUCGCCAAAGCCAGCAUGGCGCGCCAGCCCUCCCUCUCCGAGACCGGGUUUGUGCGCAAAGGCAGGUCCGACGGCACCAGUCCGAGUGUCUGCGGCUCGAAAGAGCAAAACCAAGGCGAGCUGGACGCCAUCGAUCUGGAGGAGAGCUGCGUCUCCAGUGCGCGCUCGGCCAAAAGUGGCAAAGUGGAAAUCGCGUGUGUGUGCGCGCGCUCCAAGCUGGAAGUGUGUGACGACGAGCCGGCGCUGAAUCGGGUCCGACAGAGCUCCAUGUCCAAAGCCAAGCUGGCUCAGAUGCGCGAGAAGCGCUUUACCUUCGUGCUGGCUGUGGUCAUGGGUGUCUUUGUGCUCUGUUGGUUUCCUUUUUUCUUCACCUACAGCCUUCAUGCCGUGUGCAGAGAGAGCUGCACCAUCCCCGACAGCCUGUUUAACCUCUUCUUCUGGAUCGGCUACUGCAACAGCUCAGUCAACCCCAUCAUUUACACCAUUUUUAACAGGGACUUUCGGAGAGCUUUUAAAAAGAUCAUGUGCCACAACCCAGUGAGAGCAUGAAUGUAGAUUUCUUUUCAUCCUGGGGCACACUUUUAUCUGCUGCUCCAACAGAGAGUGUCCUUGUGUGUGUGUGUAUGUGUGUGUGUGCUCUGUGUAAAUAUCCAACUUUAAGGAACUCUGUCUUCUUUUACAGCUAUUCUAUGUUUACCUGUAUAGAAAUGUAGUAUUAUAAAAUACUGAAUAAUGAUGCACAGUAAAGUCUCCAAUGGCACUGUCGCCUUACACCACCAGGUUCUUGGUUCAAGUCCUCCCUUGGGUCUGUGUGCAUGAAGUUCCAUGGCAUUCUCCCUGUGCUUGGUGAGUUUCCUCCAGGUGCCCCACUUCCCUCCCACAGUCCAAAGACAUGCAAAUUUGGCUAAUUGGAGUUCCCAGAUUGCCUGUAGUGUACAGUAUGAAUGCUUGGUUGUGUGUGCCCUGCGAUGGAUUGGCACCCCGUUUAGGGUGUACCCCGCCUAGGCCCUAAGUAUCCUGAGAUAGGCUCCAGGCCCCAUGCAACCCUUGAUAAGAUAUAGCUAUAUAGUUGAUGAGUAAAUAAGUGAGUAAACUACUGAAUGAUAAUGCAAAGUGUCCAGUGUUGGAUUAACAUGCCCAGUGUUUAUGUAAAGGGUAGCUCAGUGGUUAAGGUCCCAGGUUUAAACUCCAUCACCACCACCAUAUUGCCACCAUAUUGCCACUUUUAGGCCCUUGAGAAAGUCACUCUGGAUAAUGUAAGUCACUCUGGUUAAGGUGUGUCUGUCAGAUGUCGUAAUGUAAGAGUGUCUGGGCACAAAUGGUUUGCAUAUUGAUGUUCAGCAGCUCUUGCUGGGAGCAACAGUUCAGAAGAAACACUCGGAAAGAAUGCCUUUCUGGAGACAACUGCAGACUGAUUACUUGUGCCAUCAUGUUUAACUAAAUGAAAUGACUUUAAUAUACUGUACGUCAGCUUUGUAUUUAAGUUUUUUAUGAAUAUAUAAUAUUAUGGAAAUAAUGAAUGCAGAUGCAUUGGAUUUCUGUUGGAUGGAGGAUACAGUAUGUUUUCUUUUCAUCUUAUUCUGUCUACAGAGCUCCAAAUGCAAAAGCAACCAUAAGUGGCACAGAGUGGAAUGCUUUUGUGCAAAUGUGUACAAAAUACUGAUGAUAUACCUCAUAAGUUAGAUUUGGUUUGACGCUGGUUUGUAAAGUGCAAUUUUUGGCAUCAACUCUGAGUCUAAGUCUUGUGUUAUAAUUAAUGCGAAUAAAAUGGCUAGAUACGAAUCCUUCCUGUUCAAGAGACACAACCCACUUAAAAGAAUUCCAGUGAAACAAAGUGGACAGAACUACCUUCAAGUUCUUUUCUAAGCUGCUUAUCUCGGCUUGUGCUAAUUAAAUGUUGCCACGCGUUUUUCUAAUUAAUAUUGCGUCUGCAUGGACACCUUUGGUUGCAUAAGAAUUUAAAGAAGUUAAAACAACAGAGGAUGUUAGAAAUGGAGCAAAUAAAGAAUCCUCUAUUUCCAACACACAUUCUUUUAAUGCUGCAAGUCUACCUCAGUAGUUUCUUGACAAAGAAUGAUUUUAUGGAGCACCAACGUCCACCAACGUAUUUCAAUGUAACUGGUCCUGAAAUAACAAAAAUGUAUACUCUUCUUGUUAUUAUCAUAACUGCUUAGGUUUUUUUUUUUUUUUAUGUUUUUUUUUUUUCAUUUUUAACACAAUUUGUGAUGAGUGUUUAAUGCAUUUGUUUACAGGACAUUUGUCUUAACUUAGUGUCAUUUUUACACUUUUAAAAUAGUUGUAAAUGUUUUGAGCCACACCACAAGUAAAAAAAUAAAAUCAAAAAAGUCAAAAAAAAAAAUAAAAUUGUCCAUCCAGAAGCCAAAGGAGUAGCUCAGUGGUUUAGCGGAUUGGAUUACUGAUCCAGGUUCCCAGCUCCCAGGUUGAAAACCCCAGCACCACCAAGCUGGGCCCUUGAACAAGUCCCCAACUGCUCAGAUGUAC